AUGGCCACUCCCACUUCUACUCCCCCAAAAGGCAUCUCAGAUGAAUUUAUUCAUCGCAUGGACCCUGAUUAUGUCAAAUACCACACGGAAAAUCUCUCCUGGUGGCCCAUGAACCAUACCAUCCCCAUUGAAGAGCUCCGUGCCAGUCCCAAAAACUACGGAUAUACGAGCCUGAGAGCCGCACUUCCCCGAGAGGAGACGGCCCAUAUGGCAUCCAUAUCAACUUUCACGACGGUGGAACAUCGGGUCUAA